UCUUUUAACAGCUGCCCCUUCCUUGCCAGUCACCUCACCUUGGCCAUCCCCAUCAUUGCAGCCGUCCUCUUCUUCUUUGUCAUCAGCUGCCUGCUCCAGACAAGCUUCAGAGACCCAGGUAUCCUGCCCAGAGCCACCCCAAGUGAGGCCGCAGACCUGGAAAAGCGAAUCGACAGCAUGGGUACCUCUACCUAUCGCCCGCCGGCCCGCACGAUGGAAGUGGUCAUAAACAAGUACGUGGUGAAACUCAAGUACUGCUACACCUGCAAAAUGUUCCGUCCUCCACGCACCUCUCACUGCAGUGUCUGCGACAACUGUGUCGAGAGGUUUGAUCACCACUGCCCCUGGGUGGGCAACUGCGUGGGGAAGCGCAACUAUCGCUACUUCUAUGCCUUCAUCCUCUCCCUCUCCUUCCUGACAGCCUUCAUCUUCGCUUGUGUCGUCACCCACCUCACUUUGCGCUCUCAGAGAGAUGGAUUCCUCGCCACUCUGAAGACAACACCUGCCAGUGUGCUGGAGCUGGUGAUUUGUUUUUUCUCAGUCUGGUCUAUUUUGGGCCUCUCAGGUUUUCACACUUACUUAGUCGCCUCCAACCUGACGACAAACGAAGAUAUCAAAGGGUCCUGGUCAAAUAAGAGGGGCUCGGAGUUUGCCAAUCCGUACAGCCAUAAAAGUAUCCUCACAAACUGCUGCGCGGUGCUGUGUGGACCAUUCCAUCCCAGUUUGAUAGACAGAAGAGGAUUUAUCCAGCCAGAUGUCGGGACCCCGUCCAGUCCUAAGGGCGAAAUCCCUUCCUUUGGAGCCAAAACUGACACCAGCAUGUAUCAAGAGCCCUGGUGGCCUGCAGCCCUCUGCCUCUCGUGGAGCGCCCGGCGGGAAGCCAAGACACCGCGGGCAACACCCGAGACUACAGCCAUGACCACCACGAGUGCCUCCGCUCGCCAGGGCUACGUGGCUGCGCCUUCCUCCCUCCCGCCGCAAGAGAGGGGGGAAAGCAGCCGUGCACAAGGAAAAGCUUUUCCAACCCCUCUCCGGGAGCCGGGACGGCCGUCCCGCGGGUUCAAAGCUCAAAGCCAUACAGCCGCCCCAUCCGAGUGCAAUAACUGGAGUUCCUGCUGUCUCCUGCCACUGGACGGACUCGCGCAAUCGAGCGGAGGCCGCCGGUGGCUCCCCGUAACCACCAGCCUUACCCCCAGUGAAGGUGUCUCCCCUCCCGUAGAUGCUGGAAGAUAGCGGUUAGCAUUCCAGCGGGCUUUCGAAACGAGCAGGCUUCGUGCCAGCGCAUUUACAGCCGAGCCGGUGGCGUUACACGCCCGACCCCACCAGCCCCUCUCCGAGCCGUGUCCGUGUGUCAGAGGACUCUGCUCUGCGGACGGGAGUUAGCGCGUGGUCGGAGUUUACCCUUGCAAAACCCCCUCCGGCCAGCUGCCCCUUUCCUGUUCCGUCUUAGCACGGCUCUAGUCUUAGGGGAAGGAGUUCAAGCCCCGCGGGACCUUGACCAGCCACCUCUGCGGCCGGCGUUGCCGGAGGCUGCAGCACAGGCUGGGUGCUCCAGCACCGGGUUCUCCCACCGCCGGCAGCCGGGCUGGGAGCUGCGCUGCGGAGCUGUGCAGCCAGGCCUGUCCCGUCCCCCCCCGAGCCCAGCCCAGA